CCUCCCUCUACGAAGAAUCAUGCCCAAGCCCUCUUCAAUUCCUGCGUGUUUCUUCAUGCUUUUGUUCAUCAUAGGCCGCUUCAUUUCCAUCAUUGGAAAGUUUAGGCCAUGGCCGAAUUCUCUCCCCCGCCAAGUUCUUUUUCUUGAUAUGGCCACUAAGCUUCGUUUUGAUCCUGACGCCAUUAACACCGCCUCUUCUGACUUUGGGAAACUGGUUCAAGAAAUCCCAUCCGCAGUUUUUUAUCCUUCUUCCGUCCCCGAUAUCAUUCGUGUAAUCAAUGUCUCGUAUAAUUCGUCGGUCCCGUUUGGGAUCGCCGCCCGAGGCCACGGCCAUUCCAUCAGAGGACAAGCCAUGGCCCCCAAUGGAGUUGUGAUCGAGAUGAGUUCUUUGAGUGAUUGUACAAGUAAUGGAACUAAGAUUAAGGUUUCGUGGAGCCCGUCAUUAGGGUACUAUGCGGAUGUCGGGGGUGAGCAGCUAUGGAUCGAUGUGUUGCGAACCACACUUGAUUAUGGACUUGCCCCCGUUUCAUGGACUGAUUAUUUGUACCUAACCGUGGGUGGAACGCUCUCCAAUGCUGGAAUUAGCGGCCAGACCUUCCGGCACGGCCCCCAGAUCAGCAAUGUUCAUGAACUCGAUGUCAUUACUGGAAAAGGAGAAUUCAUCACUUGCUCCAAGCACAUGAACUCGGAGCUGUAUUAUGCAGUUCUGGGAGGCCUCGGUCAAUUUGGGAUUAUAACCAGGGCAAGGAUCGUCUUGGACAAAGCACCAACACGAGUGAAAUGGCUGAGAAUAAUGUACGAUGAUUUUUCCAGCUUUACAAGAGACCAGGAAUAUCUAAUCUCAAUUAAUGAUAAUGGCGUAGACUAUGUAGAAGGUUCCCUUAUACUGCAACAAAGUUCUCCCAAUAACUGGAGAUCUUCAUUUUUCUCCGCUUCCCAUCAGUCCAAAAUUUCUUCCUUGUUAACUGAACAAGGCAUCCUCUACUGCAUGGAAGUUGUCAAGUACUACGACGAUAACACUGCUGCUACUGUUGAUCAGGAACUUGAAUUAUUGCUAGAGGGUUUGCACUACAUUCCUGGAUUCUUAUUCAAGAAAGAUGAUUCCUUCGUGGGUUUUCUGAAUAGAGUAAGAAGUGGGGAGCUCAAGCUUCAGUCCAAGGGAUUGUGGGAUGUCCCUCAUCCGUGGCUCAAUCUCUUUGUACCCAAGUCUCGUAUCAUGGACUUCAAUGCUGGUGUUUUUGUCGACAUCUUACUUAAACAGAAUAAGGCUACAGGACCCAUUCUUGUCUACCCAACAAGCAAGAAAAUGUGGGAUGAGAGAAUGUCGGCUGUCGUACCUGACGAAGAUACAUUUUACUGCGUGGGACUAUUGCAAUCUGGUACAUUGGAUGACUGGAAGAACUUGGAUGACCAAAAUAAUGAACUACUGGAGUUUUGUGACAAAAAUGGCAUCGAGAUCAAGCAGUAUCUUCCGCACUACAAAACCAGACAAGACUGGAUGAACCAUUUUGGGUCGAAAUGGAGCACAUUUCAAGAAAGAAAAGCUCGGUUUGAUCCGAAAAUGAUAUUAUCUCCAGGACAAAAAAUUUUCAAUUUUGUUUAGAAUUAGGCACAUAGUUUCAUCAAUUUAGUUAGAUAGAAAGUAGAUUCAAGUCCUCUUGAUCACUAAUUUAGUUCAGGCAGUAGUUGCAACUAUUACUUCCUGUACAAGAUUACCAAGUUUUAUGUAAAUGAACGCACUAUGU